GCAAUUGGUAAUAAUAUCAGUUGCGGGUCUGAACGGAUGUCGUGAUGUCGCCGUUUAAAUUGUACGAGAAUAUUUUUAUUGAGACGAAUCUUUUAUCCUCGGACUAUGACGGCGUUAUCCUCAUACUGUAUCCCAGGGACAUGAAUGUGGCGUUGCCCAGGCAUGUGUCGAGCUUCAUAGACAAAAUCUUUAUCCUGGAUAAGAGUAUUUACAAGACGCCCAGCGUUUGGAACUGUGAUUACGUUUCUGGAGGGCGGUUGGUGCUGUCGCCCGUCGGUAAUGUAACUCCUUACCAUGACGUUACCGUGGUGAGAGAAGCCGCGAAGAGGGGAAUGCUGCGAGCAAUGGAAGCCGGUAUGACCAAACCGUUGCUGAUCGUUGAAAACGUAGUCCAUUACCCCGACGGGCAAUUAGUCUGCAUUCUGGGGGCUCUGGAAUCCUUGUAUAUUCCGAUACAGAUAAGGGAGAUAAAACCCCAGAAGCAGGUGUACAGAAUCGGUCUGCAUGCUGAGGAAAAAGCAACUGAGUCAUUUGAAAAGAUAGUUAGAAACGCUAUCGCAUUGGAGCGAGCUAGGAUCGUAGCUAGAGAUAUCGCUGGCGGGGAUCCCGAGAGAAUGGCUCCCGGGAGGAUAGCUGAUUAUGUAGUCAAAGUGUUCGCCGAAGAUCCUUGUAUAUCCAUCAAAAUUAUUGACAACGAUGAUAUUAUAGCGCAGAAAUAUCCACUGCUGGCAGCUGUAUCGCGGGCAGCGAAUAACGUGGAGAGACACAAGGCUAGAGUCGUUUUACUGGAGUACAAUUCAUCUAACCCGGUCAGGGUGACAGAAACCAUAAUGUUGGUUGGCAAAGGGGUGACGUACGACACUGGCGGCGCUGAUAUAAAGAUAUCUGGCAAGAUGGCCGGCAUGUCCAGGGAUAAAUGCGGGGCAGCGGCUGUAGCUGGGUUUUUGAAGGCCUGCUCCAUACUGAAACCUCCACAUCUGAAGGUCAUUGGGGUUAUGUGUUUGUGUCGCAAUUCUAUCGGCUCAGAUUCCUAUGUGUCUGAUGAAUUGCUUACAUCCAGUAGCGGAAAACUCGUCAGGGUUACCAACACGGAUGCGGAGGGUAGGCUAGCUAUGGCAGAUUCUCUUUACAUGCUGGCCAAUAUGGCGGAAAAAGAGCUCAACCCACAUCUUUACACCAUAGCGACUUUGACCGGACACGCCAGAGCCUGCUACGGUAAUUAUACAGCAGCUAUGGACAAUCACAGCGCCAAGGGCACCAACCAUUCGAGCAAAUUGCAGUUCAGCGGGUCAAGACUCGGAGAAGGAUUCGAGAUAUCUACCGUGAGGGCCGAGGAUUUGGCUGUAAAUGAUGGGAAAUGUAGCGGAGAUGAUCUCGUUCAAUAUGAUACUGACGCGAAAUACCGCAACCACCAGCUAGCUGCAGGGUUUCUGAUCAGGGUUGCCGGUUUGGAAGACAAGAAUAUAAAAUACACGCAUCUCGAUAUAGCUGGAGCGGCGGGAUGUCCUCCGGAAAAGCCGACAGCGACGCCUGUCUUAUCUUUGUGUCACUUACACAAAGUGUUAUUGUAACGUUCAAUCGAAAUUAGUGUGCCUAUUUUUUUUUAAAUUCACCUUCAUAUAGAAUCUUUUUACUGUCACAUAAGGAAAGAAAAUGUCAAGUAUAUAAAUGUUUAUAAUAUUUUUGCGGGUACACGUAAAUAAAAUUUUUUUGUUUUAGAGUA